UGCACUACACUGUUGACGUGUGACGCUGUUUUUGUUUUGUAAAUGGGAAAUAUUUGAAACUUAUUAUCAGUGAAACCCACCGAAUAAUUGAGUUUUAAUAUUUAAGUACAUUUUAAAACUAAAUAUAGUGUUAUCUUUUUUUAAAAAAAUACUUUCGAUGAGCGCUACGUCACUGACAGUGGCAACCAUCUUUGAUCGUUGUCAGUGGGAUUGGUCUGCCUUGAAAUGAAAUGGAUACUUGAUUCGUUACGUCUUUAUUCUUGUCGCUAAUUCCAAGUUUUGCAGUCCACAUUUAUGUGGAAGGUAAGGAGUCCAGUGCAGCUGUCGUUUGAUGUGGGAUAACAUUUUGAUUUCUAUUUUCUUCUCGUAUGCAAUGAGGUGUUUUGUCAUUACACCUGUUCAGGCCCAGGCAAGACAACUAUUUCAUCUGUUUACUGCAUUAUCUGAUUGAUUCUUUCGCCAUUUGUUCUGCAGUGGAAGAGGAAAGAUGAAUACGUCUGACCAUGGGUUUAACCCAGCCUUCAACAUGGCCACCAUUAAACAGGUCAUUAACGAAGCGGUGGAAAGGGUGAGGAUGCCCACCCCCAUGCGGCUCAGGGACCUGAUACGGCAGAUCAGGGCCGCGCGCACGGCCGCCGAGGAGCGCGCCGUUAUCAACCGGGAGUGCGCCUACAUCCGGUCCACGUUCCGCGAGGAGGACAGCGUGUGGCGCUGCCGCAACAUCGCCAAGCUGCUCUACAUCCACAUGCUCGGGUAUCCCGCGCACUUCGGCCAGCUGGAGUGCCUGAAACUGAUAGCGUCGCCCCGCUUCACGGACAAGCGGAUUGGCUACCUGGGGGCCAUGUUGCUGUUGGACGAGAGGCAGGAUGUCCACCUGCUGAUAACAAACUGCUUGAAGAAUGACCUGAACAGCUCCACCCAGUUUGUCGUCGGACUUGCGCUCUGCACUCUGGGGGCGAUAGCGUCUCCCGAGAUGUCCCGGGACCUGGCGGCAGAAGUGGAAAGGCUGAUGAAGUCGCCCAACGCCUACAUUCGAAAGAAGGCAGCACUGUGUGCGUACCGCAUUAUACGCAAAGUUCCUGAACUCAUGGAGAUAUUUCUACCCGCCACGAGAUCCCUGCUGUCGGAAAAGAACCACGGUGUGCUGAUCACUGGAGUAACAUUAAUUACAGAGAUGUGUGAAACUAGUCCUGACACACUGCAACAUUUUAAGAAGGAUUCCGGCCAUAGCGAGAUUGUGCCAAACUUGGUCCGUAUUUUAAAGAAUUUGAUAUUAGCUGGCUACUCGCCGGAGCAUGAUGUAUCUGGGGUCAGCGAUCCGUUUCUGCAGGUGAAAAUUCUCCGUCUGCUGAGAAUAUUGGGGAAGAACGACCCAGAUGCAUCGGAAACGAUGAACGACAUCUUGGCGCAGGUAGCGACCAACACGGAAACCAGCAAGAAUGUAGGAAACACGAUUCUGUACGAAACAGUACUCUCUAUAAUGGACAUCAAGUCUGAAAGUGGGCUGAGGGUCCUAGCAGUUAACAUUUUGGGUAGGUUUCUGCUCAACAAUGAUAAGAACAUACGUUACGUGGCUCUGAACACACUUCUCAAGACUGUGUACAUUGACACAAGUGCAGUGCAGAGACACCGCAGUACAAUCCUGGAGUGCUUAAAGGAUCCGGACGUGUCCAUCAGGAAGAGAGCUCUGGAGCUGAGCUUCGCCCUGGUCAACACCAACAACAUCCGCACGAUGAUGAAGGAGCUGCUGGUGUUCCUGGAGAAGACGGACCCGGAGUUCAAGGCCCAGUGCUCCUCGAACAUCGUGCUGGCGGCGGAGCGCUUCGCCCCCAACAAGCGGUGGCACCUCGACACGCUGCUCCGCGUCCUGGUCGCGGCGGGGAACUACGUGCGGGACGACGUGGUGUCGUGCACCAUCCAGCUGGUCUCGGAGUCGGCGGGCCAGCAGCAGUACAUCGUGGAGCAGCUGUGGCGGGCGCUGGAGCGGGACGCGGACGACCGCCAGCCCCUCACCCAGGUGGCCGCCUGGUGCAUCGGCGAGUACGGCGACCUCCUGCUGUACGGGCCGCCCGCCACCGAGGAGAGCCCCCCCAAGCCAACGGAGGAUGACGUUAUCACGGUGUACCAGAGAUUGCUCUGGUCCACGCAGAACUCGGUCAUCACGAAACAGUAUGCACUGAUGUCGCUCAUGAAGCUGAGCACACGUUUCCAGUCUAAUGUUGACAACGUGCGCCAGAUGGUGGACGCGUGCGGCAGCCACCUGGACGUGGAGCUUCAGCAGCGGGGGGUGGAGUUCUCGCAGCUGUUCCGCAAGUACGACCGCAUGCGGCCGGCCAUCCUGGAGAAGAUGCCGCCCAUGGAGGCGGCGCGGGCCAACGGGGAGGCGGCGCUCGCCAACGGGGAGGCGGAGGAGGCGGAGCCGGCCCUCGGUGAGGAGGGCAGCCUCCUGGUCGGCGAGAGGAAGUCCGCCCUGGGACUCGACUCCCAGGAAUCCAACGCACUGCUGGUGUUGCUGGGUGGGUCGGAUGCCACAAAGGCAGAUACGCUGCCGUCUGUCGAGAGCGCGAAACCCGCUGCGUCAGAUAACUUGGAUCUUUUAGAUUUGUUAGGUGGCUUGGAUAUGAGUAGCAGUGUGCCAGCAACACAGAUUGCAGCGCCUGCGGUGCAGAGCAACGGGAUGUUCCAGAACCCUGGUUUCUUGGUUGAUGGGCUGUUGAGCAAUCAGCCGGUUACGAACAGCAUACCGGACAUCACUGCAUUUGAAAAGAACGGCCUGAAGAUAACGUUCUCCAUGGAGCGUCAGCAGGAUGCUACUAGCUCCAUUGCAAUCUCGAUGCUUGCGGUCAAUCAGUCGACAGAUCCGUUCAGCGAGUUCCUCUUCCAAGCUGCUGUGCCUAAAACAUUCCAGCUGCAAAUGCUGUCUCCAUCUGGAACGCUGCUGCCACCUGCCGGCCAGAUCACGCAGGUCUUGAAAGUUACGAACCCUAACAGGGCGCCAUUGCGAAUGCGUAUUCGAGUGUCGUACAGCAGAGACGGCUCAAGUGUGCAAGAACAGGCAGAGGUGAACAGUUUUCCUGCAGAAUGCUGGCAGUGAUGCAAACAUUCCAG